AGUGUUAUUGUAAAUAUUCUAUUGUCAAGAAGCUUAAAAAUGGGAACUCGCAAUCGUGCAUUUUAUGGCGACGACGAUGAUGGAAAUUACUCAUCAAGACGAGAAAUUGAAGAAAUUCCAACAAUAUCUAAAACAACAGAAGCGGAUGGAGCGCAAAUUACGAAAUUCGCAGAAACAAUAUCUGGCUUAAACUUAAAUGACUACGCAACGAGAAAAACGAUUGCACAAGGAAUGCUUGAUUUAGCCCUUUUGACUGCAAAUGCUGCUCAAUUGAAGCGAGUGAUGUCUAUUGGAGAUGAAUACAAGUUUUAUUACUUUCUGAUGACAUUGAUAAUUAUUUCAAUAAGUCUUCAGGUUGUACAAGCUAUCAUCAUGGCUAUUCUUGCAAUCGUUUUCGAUCUGAAUAAAGUCGAAGAACAUCGUCGAACAAAUAUCGCAAACAAUAUUUUGUUAAUAAUAACAAUCAUAUCAGUGGCCAUCAACAUUAUUAUUUCUACUUUUGACAUUGCCGAUAUUGGAACAAAGUGACUGUGCCCGAAACCUUUUGACAACGAUGCGAUUCCGAUAAAACUUCUGAGUCAAAAAAAUGUUGAACAAAUUUAAAUUAAUUUAAUAUAGAAAUCUUAAAAUAGCUCAGC